AUGGCGAUCCUCGUUCUGACUUCGCUGGUUGCUCUAUGCAUUGUGGCGGUGACAGCGUUCAAGGUAUUUAUUAUCUCAAAGAGCUCAAAUCUUCAACUUGAUCGGACGAUUGACACUCUCCAGACCGUCACCAAAGCUCACGCAUCUCCCCUAUCUCGUAUUCCUAAUGCUGGAUGGGGAGCAGGCUAUUCCAGGUUGAUCUGGGCUUUUCGUCAAGAAUACCGAGGCAACGUCACCCUUGAACUUCCAAAAUUGCAUGAGACCCUAGGCCCUCUCAUCCGAAUUGGUCCCAAUGAGCUAUCGUUCUACUCCAUCGACAUCUACGAUACAGUCCAUAAAGUCAAUAGCGGAUUUGUAAAAGAUCCCCGAAACUACGGAGAAUUCGUCCAAGAUGAACAUCCCGCACUCUUCUCUAUCACAGAUCCUCAAGAGCAUGCCAAGAGGCGGAGAAUUCUUGGUCAACUCUUCAGCCGCAGCAAUAUUGAGAAGCUCGAAGGGUUAAUGCUUCAUCACAUUGAUAAUUUUGUCUCGGCAGUCGAAAGAAGAAGCGUCUCUUUUGACAUAGGCCCUGCCUGCCGCGCUCUUGAGGCAGAUAUCAUAUCGGAUUUCUCAUUCGGUGAAGCCUUAUCGGCCGUCUCUGCCUGGUCAAAAGGAGAAGAAGUUGCUCUUGUAUCAAAGAACGAUGAAAAAGCGACAUUUUUGCCUCUGAUGAUGAACUUCCCGCUUCUGUACUCAACCUGGGUGAGAGUAGAAGACUUCUUGUGUCAUAUGGAAGGCUUGCGUACAUCCUCUAAAAAGGGACUGCAGCAAUACGACGAGUGGACGCACAAAGCUUGGGUCCGAAACAAAGAUCCAGGCCGAAAGUCACAAUUUCCCAAUCUGCUCAACGUCAUGGUUUCAGCUGGCGUGCCGACUCAGACUGCCCUAUCAGAGGCCAAGGAGAACCUGGGACCUGGGACCGACACCACCUCUGCAUCCCUCGCCCAUAUCCUCUAUGCCCUUUCCUGGAACCCGACUUAUCAGCAGAAGUUGUAUAAAGACCUAGCAUCCCACGGAUUUCCCACGGAUUUCAAUACUUUAGAAAACAUCCCUCGCUUGAGAGCUUGUGUCAAAGAAGGCAUUCGUUGGGCUGGUGCAUCUGUGGCGAUGUUGCCUCGUGUGGUUCCCAAGGGUGGUGUUGAGCUAUGUGGAAAUUUUGUUCCCGAAGGCACUAUUGUAACUUCAUCACCGGUCUGGUACCUCAGAGACAAGUAUGCGUACCCGAAUCCAGAGUUGUUUAAUCCCUAUCGCUGGAUAGAUGAUUACGGCUUGAACACUACAGAGGAUGUACUACGAGACAAGUUUUACAUUGCAUUCUCUAAAGGCGCAAACACUUGUAUCGCAAAUCAGUAA